AUGACUGUAUUCGAUCAUCUCUUCUUGUCUCACAUAAUAAAUAAUGUCUCGAGAAACGCUAAAGCUAGGUGGUCGCACGCAAGGUGUAGCAUCAGUUCACCUAUUAUCGUAAUAUACCAUGCUUCUCUUCCUUCUGGUAUCGUAAAUUUAGAUGAUAUAAAGGCGAGCGCUUGCCCCUUGUGCGAGACCUAUCCAAUAUUACUAUACGGCGUGGAACACAGCAACAUCUCUCCGUCAUAUAGCAAGACGAUAUUGAGUGAUCCUCGAGACUUGGUACGAGAGGCUCAAACGGACGACAGCUUGUCAAAAUUAGUGGAGCGGACUGUCCAGCGCGGGAAAGAAUUCGUCCUAGCAACAGGACCCCUAUUUGAACUGCAGUUACACCACAAGGAAUCACAUGACCGCUUAGUACUUCUCAUCGAUCAUACCCUGUGCGAUGGUCUCGGAGCAAGAAAUCUGUUCGCAGACUGGCUGAACCUACUAUCUGGAAUACCUUUACCAACUCAGCCGGAAGGUCUUCCUGCUCGGAUGGACGAUACUGUUAGUCUUCACCCCCUAGUUCCAACAAACUGGAACAUACUAUCCUCCUAUCUGAGCCCGAUAGUCAAGCUCUUCGAAUCCCCUUCACCGCCUCAUUACCCUCCUAAACCCUCAGCGGAUUACGAUUCUGUCACCGCCAAGCAACAAUUUAGCGAAUUUGAGAUACCGCAGUCCGAUCUGUCUGGACUUCUGGCUAUCUCGAAAGACCAUAAAGUUCCCACGAUUCAUCCUGUAAUUCACGUAGCAAGCCUUUUCGCCCUUUACCGUGCGUCAACUUGGUCAAAUACUGGCUUUUAUUCCAGUGUGCCCAUAUCGGAGCGGAACGAAAAACUAGGUCAUCCUCGAUCAACUGGUAAUUAUGUCACCUUUCACUUUUCGACCGAUCACAUCGAACCAUCAACUAUGUUCUGGGAACAUGCCAGAUCGUUCAGUAAUACGUUACGGCAGCCGACGACAAAAUCAGCCGCCAGACAAGCGUUGGCUAAGCUCGGUCAACUAGAAGUGCCAUGGGAGGAUUAUUUGAAAGAGGUCAUGAACGAUUCCAACGGACCUCACAAAUUGUCAUUAGCGGUGUCAAACGUGGGAGUCAUGGAGUUACCACAGACAGGAAAACUAGCAGGCCUAGUACAGGAUGUCUACUUUACACAGAGCGCUUCUGCGAUGGGAGCUGCUGCUGUCGUCAGUAUCAUGAGUACUCGCGGUGGGUCUAUGUCAGUCUCCAUCAGCUCAAAGAUCGGAUCAUUGCCUCCAGGGAUUUUCGAGACUUUCACUGUACAGCUCAAAUCGCUAUUGCAAGCUGUUGCUCGUGGGGAUGUAAAAGAAAGCAUGUCAAGUACCGACUCAAUACCUGGAGUACCUGAUAUUUGA